UGAACCAUGAGUUCCAAGCCCUGAUAUUACAGCCCUUGUCACAAAGAUGGCCUUCAAGGAAUUUGACCCCCCUUCGACCGCCCUCCCAUUACGAAAAAAACCCUACCGAGGGUUUCGUAGCCGGCCACCUCUACGGAGUUGGCCGGUGAGCUUUUGUUAUUUUUUUUGUCCUGAUUGACUCUAUGUCUGGUGGUGGUGAUGAUGGUGACGAUGAUGUUUUCUGCCACUCUUUUCACGCGUCAACGGCAACGGCAGCAGAUUUACCCACACCCGGAAAGGCUCCCUCCGCCCUCGCGACUGCCCGCUUCAUAUUUCUCCGAGGGUAGAAGACAAAAUCGCCAUUCCCAACUCGCCGUUAUCACCACAUCCUUGCCAAGCUUGCAUUCCCAUUGAUUGUCCUCUGAAGAUCACAUCAAUAAGCGGGCGUCCAUUCGACAAGAACAGCCGCAACAUGCCCCGAGUAGAUGGGAGAUCGGGGAUCGACUUCGGCUCACGGUCAAGCUUUCCAGAAAAUAGAUUGCACCCGCUCGUUCAUCCCGCUUCGUUGCGGCUACUAUUAAAAUUAUAUGGUCGUGUGGCAAGCACGAUGAAAAUGUUUGAAAGUCGGACACCUUCUUCACUGAUUGCUUCCUUCCCGGGACUCGUCAGUUUUCGGCAACAAGACAUCUUUCUUGGUACUGAUUGAAAAUGAAGUUCUCGCCAACGUUGGCAGCACUUGCUGCUUUGCCAGCAACAUCCGCAACGAUCUACUUCGCCGGCGUCGCCCAAUCAAGCGGUGAGUUCGGCGCCUGGAGUCCGACCCAAACCCGCGGCACCGGUCUCCCCGGCCGUUUCGGCGUCGAUUACGCCUUCAUCUCCACCUCUGGCGUCGACACCAUGAUCGACAGCCACAAGGUCAACCUCCACCGCGUUGCCUUUCUCCUUGAGAGGAUGUGCCCCUUGUCUUACGGCCUCGGGGCAAAGUUCAACGAGACUCACUUUGAGCACUUUAAAGAGGCGAUAGAUUACAUCACCAUCACCAAGGGCGCUUACGCCAUCCUCGACCCCCACAACUACAUGCGCUACAACGACCCCUCCUCCCAGCCCUUCUCCGGCUCCGUCAUAGGCAACACCUCCGACCCCACCGCCGCGACAACAGCCCAGUUCGCGGCCUUCUGGGGCGAGCUCGCCUCCCGCUUUCAAACCAACGAAAAAGUCUUGUUCGGUCUAAUGAACGAACCGCAUAGCAUGCCCUCCCGGCUCGUCUUCUCCAACCUCCAAGCCGCCAUCACGGCAAUCCGCGCGACGGGAGCAAACAACAUGAUUUUGACUCCAGGAAACGCCUGGUCGGGUGGGCAUUACUGGACAAAGGGAGGUGACGAGGCAAACAGCAAAUGGAUUCACAAACUUGUCGACCCGAUUAAAAACCUGGCGGUGGAUAUCCAUGAGUAUUUGGAUGAGGAUUUUAGCGGGGGGCAUACGGCUUGUACGCAGGAUCCGGUGGCGAACUUGGCGGGGGUGACGGGUUGGUUGAGGGAGCAUGGGUUGAAGGGGUUUGUUACUGAGUUUGGGGGUUCGAAUACGACGGAGUGUAAACUGAUGUUGGAGGGGAUGCUGGGGUAUAUGGAGGAGAAUGAGGAGUAUAUUGGGUGGACGGCUUGGGCGGCGGGGCCGUUUUGGGGGGUUAAUAGCCCGUGCUGUACGGAUCAGAGGCAGUUGGGAAGUUUAGAGCCGGGGAGUAGGGCGGCCGAUGGGGGGCCGGGGCUGUAUGAUAGUGUUUGGGUGCCGGUUAUUGCGAAGAGGGUGCCGGGGAGGUUGCAGUGGGAUGGACCGGCGAAUGUGACGGGGGGUGUGGUGAGAGAGAGGGUUUAGGUGGAUGUGUCAUGGAAAUGGUAAAGUAGGUUUGUGGGUGAUGUAAAAAGUCUAAAUGAGGGAGACUGUUCUAUGGAGGUAAGACGGUUCUAAUUAGAGUUCUAUGUGUAGGUGUGUGAAGUUUAUGCUUUGUUUGUUGUCAAAUUCAUGUGUUGAUAUCCAAAAGGAAAAGGAAAAUGCAUUCCGCCGAUGAUUACGGAUUCAUGCCCAA